AAAAAGCAGAACUAUCCUGAUGGCUUACUCUGCACUCGGUGAGUCUCCCAUCGACAAGCUGGUCUCCCAGUACUUUCAGCAGGUUGAUCCCCGCGAUCUGGAUCUCCCACAUGGAAAUGCUAUCGUUCAGCCGGCAGUACAGAGGGCUGUCUACGAGCGCAUGUUUAAUGAGACUGCUCUAUGGCCCCUGCCCCCAGUGGGCUAUCGUGCUCGUGUCUUGAAGAUUAUUUUGACUCGAAUUGAAGAGUCCAUAUCGAAUCCAGAGGAGGAUGAGAUCUUGGAUGAUCUCAUGGAAUGCUGGAGUGACCUCCUGGCCCAACCAAAGCCCUCCUCCCUGCAGCAGGCCCAACAAUUGGCAUACAUCAAGUACACAGCUCCCCAACUCCAUUCCCAGGUGGACCAGGAAUGUCGCACCAUUAUCACAUCAGAAUCACGAGGCUUGAUUCUCUCGUCCGGCACGACGGGGUUCCGCACGUGGGAGGCUGCUUUACAUCUGGGAACCUUCCUUUCUACUCCCUCUGGCGAGGCUCUUGUGCGCGGGAAGAAAGUUCUCGAGCUUGGGGCCGGCACCGGUUUUUUGUCCAUGUUCUGCGCCAAGUACCUUGGUGUACAUCGCAUAGUGGUUACAGACCGCGAACAAGCCUUGAUAGAUAGCAUCCAAGACUGCGUGGUUCGCAAUGAGCUGGAUCAGACCACCAUUACUCCUGCUACCUGGGAAUGGGGAACUCCACUUGAAUGCUGUCCUCCGGGCUCUGAGAGUUUUGAUGUCGCGCUAGGCGCUGAUCUGAUUUACGACGUUGACCUCGUCCCUCUUCUCAUAUCUACAUUGCACGACCUUUUCGACAAUUACCAUGUCAAGGAAUUCAUCAUAUCCGCCACGCUUCGAAAUCAGGAUACUUUCAAGGUUUUUCUCGACAGUUGUUAUACUAAUGGUUUCAAAGUCGAAUGUGUCCCCUUUGAAUCUCCUUCGCAGGACUUACAGACUGGCUUCUUCCAUUCUAACUCCAUUCCCAUCCAGACGUACAGAAUAUCGUCACAGAAGGGCUUGUCAUGACUGAGAUUUGGCUCUGGAAAGACGGGAGAGAGGCCAGUUCUUCGAAAUACAAUGAAGAGCAUAUUGGAUGCACAAUUAUUUGCAUUAUCAGCGUCAAACACGAGUGGAUAAUGGAUAAUAUAAUAUUCAGAAAAAAAAAAAAAAGCGGGCGAUGGAUCUGAUCCACUGAUCCAUCCAACCUAUCCAGAGGUUAAUAAUCAAUCCCACAUAUAACACAAAGUAUUAGAUCUCAUAUUAAAUGAACGACCGACCAACUCCGGUAAUAUGCAUGUUGUGUAUGAGAACGCACAGGCAUAGGGUAUCAUCACAUGACAGAAACGACCAGCGGAAGCAAAUGGGAAAACAAGGGAAACAAAUGCAAUUUCGCUCGCUCCACCAAAGAUGCUACUUGAC